AUGCCGAUCAUCAUUCACUUUUUCUUCCAAACAUUUAUUGAGUCCGCAGAGAAUUUAUUACUUGAUUCGACUUUUCAAAUUAAAUUGGCGGAUUUUGGCUUUUCAAAUUUCUUCUCUCGAAAUGAUACUUUGGAUACCUUUUGUGGAAGUCCGCCUUAUGCCGCCCCUGAAGUUUUUGAAGGGAAAAGAUAUGCUGGGCCAGAAAUUGAUAUUUGGAGUCUCGGUGUUAUUCUUUAUGUAAUGGUUUGUGGAGCAUUGCCUUUUGAAGGCGCCAAUUUACAAUUGUUGAAAGAAAGAGGUGCGUUAAAUAAGGAAAUUUUUAAUCGUAAUAAAAUAUACUCAAAGGAAUUUUUGCCGAGCAAAUAUUGAAGCCAGUCUUAAAUUCUUAAAGCCAUUCUCUAUAAAUCUUAAAACCUAUCUUCUAUCCUAAGCUAAUCGAAAGACUUCUUUUCAAGUGCAAUUAAAUUAAUCGUGUCUCUUUCGAGCGAUCGAAGUUUGAAGCAAUUUUUUAAGAUUCUUUUUAACUUCAUUCGAGCUACUUUCCGAACUUCCUUCGGACCGAGUCGGGUCUCUUCAGAAAACUUCUUUCAUGAUCAGAAAGAAGCUUCUUUCUAACCAAGAAAGAAGCUUUCUGGCCGAGUAGGACCAUUUUGGUAGCUUUUUUCUUAAUCCAUUCAAAGGUGUAAUUUA